AUGGCUACGGAAUCGAGUGUUGGAAUUAAAGAAGACUCGAAGACCUUAGACUCCAACCGAUGUAUAGAUUCAAAGCCCGUCAAUGGGAUCAAGUCGACGGAGAAGCCUUCGACCAACGCUUAUAAACAUCUGCUGGAGAAGAUACCGCAAUUUGACUUGGAAGACAUUGGAGAGAGAUUUGAGCCGAUUAAUACCGAGGUUAAGAACAUACUUAUAACAGGCGGAGCUGGAUUUAUUGGUUGUUUCCUAGUUCGCAAAAUUGUCGUGCUAUAUCCAGAGUAUAACGUUGUUGUAGUGGAUAAGUUGGACUAUUGCGGCAGUUUGCGGAAUGUUGGAACCCUCAAAGGAAUGCCGAAUUACACAUUCAUAAAGGGCGACAUAACUUCCUCCGAUUUCAUGUCUUUUAUCCUCCGCGAGAAGUCGAUCGACACUAUAUUUCAUCUCGCUGCUCAGACACACGUGGAUAAUUCUUUUGGUGAUUCCUUCGAGUUCACAAAGAAUAAUGUUAUGGGAACGCAUGUCAUGUUGGAGGCGGCUAAGUUGUAUGGGAUUAAAAGAUUCAUCCAUGUUAGCACGGAUGAGGUAUAUGGAGAGGUGGCAAAGAACAGUCCUGACUGUCACGAAGAAUCUAUUCUAGCACCGUCAAAUCCGUAUUCUGCGACCAAGGCUGCCGCUGAAUGUCUUGUUAAGGCUUAUCAUAAAUCUUUCGGACUUCCUAUCAUAAUUACAAGGAGCAACAAUGUCUAUGGACCUUAUCAAUAUCCUGAGAAAAUUUGCUCUAAAUUCAUAUGCAGUCUCAUCUGUGGGGGUAAGUGUUACGUCCACGGUGAUGGCUCCAACUCGCGCAAAUAUCUCUACGCAGGAGACGUGGCUAAUGCCUUAGACAUUAUCCUCCACCACGGACAGAUCGGGGAGAUCUACAAUAUUGGGUCUAACUUUGAGAUAUCUAAUUUAGACCUCGCACGGACGCUAAUAAGGCAGUUUGGAUAUAAGGAGGAGGAUCACAUAGAGUUUGUUCAAGAUCGGGCAUUUAAUGAUAGAAGGUAUGCUGUGGAUUAUAGAAAAUUGAAGUAA